AUGCUGUUCCAGGUGGGAGGGCAGGGCGCACGGCCCACCUUCUUCGAGAUGUCCGCGGCGCAGCAGCUCCCGGCCAGCCUCCGCGCGGCGCUCUCCUACUCGUUCGGGGUUUUUGCACUAAGGAGGCCAUCCUUGCAUAAAGUUUUAGAUUAUGAAGAUGAAUUCUUUGCUUUGUUAAUGUCUGUUCUUGAGUCCCAUAGUCUACGAACAACAGAUGGUUCCUUUUCAGAGUCGUUAUAUGGUCUCAGGCGGAGGCCUGUUAACGUUUCUGUGAACAGAAGUAGUCCUGGUGCAGAAUCUAAUGUCAAAGUCUAUGACUCUGCACUAAGGAAGCGCCAGAAAACCCUCUCUGUUAUAUUUUUGGUUGUUUUACCGUAUUUCAAGUCAAAGUUGCAGUCUGUAUAUAACAAAGAAAGAGAAGCAAGAUUGCAGGCAAGCCUAUGGGAUCAGGGUGAGGUUAGAUUCGACGAAGCUGGCUUUGUAUCAGAUCAACAAGGGGAGACUUCUCAAGCACAAGUUGGGACUACAGCUGGAGAAGUGUCACAUCUCACACGCCUUAGGACCAAUUUUGCAGCACUAAUAGGUGUUUGUUAUCCAUGGAUUCAUGCGACUCAUGAAGGCCUUUCAUUUGCUUACCAGUUGCUGUAUUUGUUGGAUGCUACUGCAUUUUACAGUCCAGGACUUCAUGUGCUUGGGCUUCAUGUUUGUCGUGCUACUGGACAAGAGCUGAUGGAUUCAUCUUCUAGGAUAUCAAGAAUUAGAAGUCGUGAACUCGAGAGACUUCGUGGUCCUCCAUGGUUAAAGACUGUCCAGAGGGUGCUCCUUAAUUGUACGUACACGACUCUAGAUUAUGCACAAACUGGUUUAAUUGCUGCGGUCUUCUUUUUCAAGAUGAUGGAGUGGUGGUAUCAAUCUGCUGAAGAAAGAAUGUCAGCUCCGACUGUAUACCCCCCACCUCCUCCGCCGCCGCUACCAAAGGUUGCUAAAGAUGGACUUCCCUUGCCAACUGACAGGACGCUGUGCCCUCUGUGCUGCCAAAAGCGCAACAACCCGUCUGUUCUUUCUGUUUCUGGUUUUGUGUUCUGCUACAGUUGCAUAUUCAAGUCUGUCUCUCAGCAUAAAAGAUGUCCCGUGACGUUGAUGCCUGCCACUGUUGAGCAAAUCAGGCGCCUCUUCCAUGAUUUAUAG